CACACAAAUGCUGAGACCGACUUGAAUUGACAUAAGGAAGGUAUUUUUAAAUUGUUCUAUAGAUAUUGUGUUGAUAAUACCGUAGGAUAAACUACCUUUCUGUGAGUUAAUAUGGUCAAUAUAAAGUGAAACGUGUUGGAGGCAGCGGGGUCUGCAGACUCCCUGAGAGGAAGAGGCAUAACGGGCAUAACGAAUAACAAAGAAGGGGCAUCUCACACAAAAGAUGGUGGGGACUUUGUGGACACUAGUGAAAACCAAAGCAGCAAUGAUAUAUGGAUUUGUACAAUUAAAAUAUCCAGAUAUGAUUCAUGAAUGUAGCCUAUCCAUGGGUAACAUAAAUGACUAAUCUCAUGCACACCAAGCCUGAUCCUGACAUUAACCUGUUAUAUGAUUCAUUUGCAUGAUUUUGGAAUUGAACCCUAUAUAAUUUGGACUUGCACCUUAUUUGCACUCUUCACACUUUGUAUUGCCACUCUUGCAAAGCAAUACCCCUAGGUAACAGUGUGUCCACCAUAUGCACCCCUGGCGUAGAAUUUCCACAAUUUACUAAUACGGUUAUUGUUUCAAUCAAUUAAUCAAUCAAUUAUUCCAUGGUCACCAUCUUAUAUUUGUAAUGUUUAAAAUAAAAAUGGAAAACAAAUGAUUUAAAAGUGUAUUAUAUAACUUAAUAUUAGGCGAUACAAUAUUGAAAACAGACCAAAAACAACGAAGACCAAAUAGGCUACGUUUAGAUGUAAUAUGAUGUAAUAAUAAGUAAUUUUAAAGCAGAAUGUGGUCCUGUACAGGAUCUUAAUACAAAUGGAUGACAAACAAAGCUUGCUUUGAUGCCGAGGGUAUAUUGAGAAUUGUGUGUAAUUAGCAGCGAAUUACAAUAAACACUGGUCAUAGGUCUACCAGUCUAACAUGAUGCUAUCAUCAGUUACAUUUUUAGUAGAGAAAAAGACAUUAUGCAAUAUAAUAAUGUUGUAAUCAUAUCUUACUGAAGUCGUUAAAUCCGAAAAAGACUGACUGCAGUGACUUUAGACAAGAUAAGCUUUAAAACCACAGACAGGUGUUUAAGUGUGUGUGUGUGUGUGUGUGUGUGUGUGUGUGUGUGUGCGCGCGUGCGUGUGUGUACGUGUGUGUAUGUAUGUGUAUGUGGGCGUGAAGGGGCGUGCCAAGAAAGGGAUAAUUUCCCUUCCCGUUCGGUCCCUACAUAAACUUCAUCAAUAGCUUGUUUGCUUUGCUUGAAAUCCGUGUCCGUCCUCCACGUGCGCACCGGAGUGCGGGAGUCACACACCGACAGCUCGCUCAGACCCGAGUCCACUUCAGGCACAAUGACAGGGAAUCAAUGGGGAUAUGGAAAAGAUGACGGACCUUCUGCAUGGAACACAAACUACCCCGUUGCUGAUGGGGACCGGCAGUCUCCCAUAGACAUCCUCCCUCAUCAAGCUCGACAUGACCCCAACCUGGGUCCCAUUGUCCUGAACUACGAUCGUUGCACCUCCAUCAAUAUUGCCAACAAUGGACACUCUGUUGUGGUAGAGUUUGAGGACUCGGAUGACCGUUCAGUCAUCCAGGGAGGCCCUCUUGACAACCCCUACAGGCUGAAACAGUUUCACUUCCACUGGGGUGGAAAGGGCUGCCAUGGCUCUGAGCACACUGUUGAAGGAAACAGUUAUGCUUCUGAGCUUCAUUUAGUGCACUGGAAUGCAGUCAAGUUCAAGACGUUUGGAGAGGCAGCAUCAACUUCUGAUGGCCUCGCUGUCCUGGGCAUCUUUUUAGAAACAGGUGACGAACACAGAUGGCUUCACAUGAUAACAGACGCUCUGUACACGGUGAAGUUUAAGGGCAGUGUUACAGAUUUCAAAGGUUUCAACCCCAAGUGCCUCCUGCCCAGCAGCCUCCACUACUGGACCUACCUGGGAUCCCUGACCACCCCCCCCCUGCACGAGAGCGUCAUCUGGAUUGUGGUCAAAGAGCCCAUGAUAGUAUCUGAAAAGCAGCUGGGCAAGUUUCGAACGCUUGUGUUCACUGGAGAGGAAGAGGAUGAGAGGACACGCAUGGAAAACAACUUCAGGCCUCCCCAGCUUCUCAAAGGCAGGACUGUGCGUUCCUCCAAUUAACCCGUCCAAAGUGGUAGACAACAAAGGCUGUUUUAGACAACAAUGAAUGCAUUAAUGUGAUUGUACUUUUUUACCUCAUGGUAGCUUGACCUGAAGAUUUCUGCAUUACUUGUACAGAAAAGUAAUUCUGAUCACUGCCAGCACAUUGAGAUGCAGACUUUUCAAUGGCAGAGGGAGGAAUCUGUUUUUGAAUGAUGUAAGGAAAGUUAAAGGAAAGUUAAAGGGAUGUUAAGUAGAAAUCUAAUAAUAUAUUAACUUUUCUAAAACUCUGCAAGUUUGUUAUUGACAAAGAUGAAAUUACUAUAAGCUAGACAGUAUGUUAAUGAAGAUUCACAGGUUGGAUGUGUACUACCUCCACAGCAAGAUGAGCUUUGUUGGGUGCUAUUAUGUAACUAGUUAGUCUGUAUACCCGUGCCGUGUGUUUCUGUUCGCAGACUGCUAUUGCAUCUCUCUGCUACCUGCAGAUUCACAGCCACCUGCAGAUUCAUAGCCCUGGCCUCUUAACUGAUCCCUGCGUUGAUCCAGCCUACUGCUGAUGGAUUCCCCGUCCUUGUGGACAUAGAUCCCUCAGUCCAACAAUCUUAACUGGAGGUGGGAUUGGAUAAACGCAGCAUUUGCUCUGUUGACCAUGACAUCGAGCAUGAGAGUCUCAGGUCCUUUUUAAAGCUUAACAGACUGGGUUACACCCCACAGCAGGAGGAUUUAUUAUUUUUAGCGGGCUCUUCAGAUUUGACAAAAAGCAGUGUUCACUCUAGUUUCCCAUUCACGCAGCUCUAAACAGGAAGCCAAUGAAUUCAAUAUUUCAAUCAAACUCUGAGAUGUUACACUGUAUUGAACCGCUUGAAGUGUUACAUUGUCUGGUCUGACGUUUCUUCUAUGCAGGAGGUGAUGCACACUGUCAGCAGCUCAUCUCUGAAGCUGCCCUGUUUUCAGAGAAACGCAUGUAGAGUCUAGUAUGAACUGUAAAUGUGUGACAGAAGCCCUGGUGUCUCACUGAGGAGUUAUGGCAGCUUUGUGUAAUGCUGUUCCUUAUUUAGAUGGGCUUGGAUUACACUAAUGCAGAGGUAUGGCAGGGAUAAACCUACAACAAAACGCACAUAUGGGGAAUGACACCUCAGUUAUGAUUGUUAUGUGUUUGUGUGAAAGACCAUUAAUUUAUGGGUGGUUUGAAUAUUUUUGUAAUGCAUUCAUUUGUGAUGUUUGCUGAAUUAAAUAAUAACAUUUCAAA